GUUGAGGAGAGCAGCGUGGGAGCGGUACAUCGGGGUUCGGGUUAGUCGUUAAUACAGAUAAGGCUGACAUAUCGAAUCAGCUCAGCGUCGUACCCUAAUAUUUUUUUUUUAAAGACUCAACGUCGAAGAGGUGACCUGGCAAGUGAUAGAAAAUGGAAAUCAGCACUAUGAUCCUAGUGUGCAUAGUCCUGGCAGUCCUGAUUCUGCUUACUCUUCUUGUUUUCUUGGGGCACCUGGGCCUAUUCAGUGAGGUAGAUGUUAAAUCAGGUACUCCCCCUUUCCGGGAGUUGACAAUUUGUUAUAAAUUCAACCGUGGCCCCUACAAAGGCUGUGGACACUUUUUCACAGAAAUCUACAGCAUUGCUCCUGAGCUGAAAACCAUUGGGUUCUACUAUGAUGACCCAGAGAGGGUGAACGCAUACGAGUUGCGGUAUGCGGUGGGCGCCAUCCUCAGUGAUGGCAUCAAGCCGGAGCCGGAGGGCGUGCGCCAGCGGGUGGCGCGCUACGGCUUCAAGGUGGCCACCUUCCCGGCCAUCGAGCACGCCGUCCUGGCGUCCUUCCCCUACAAGGCCACCCUAUCGAUCGUCCUGGCCAUCUGGAAGGUGUACCCCGCCCUCAAGGAGUACAUCAAGCGGUCCAGCCUCUGUGCCUGGCCCAUGAUUGAGCUGUACGACGCGGACGAGAUCCGGUUUGUGGCACCGCUGACGCAGCAGGAGGAUUUCCUGGUGCCUGAGGCGACCGAGGAACCGGCCGAGUCAGACCAGCGGCUGACCGAGGACGAUGAGGACCUCUCGGCCGACGGAGGCGGCACGGCUGCCCAAUCGGGCAGCGGAGAGCAGCCUGCGCCAACCGGCAGCGGCUCCUCGGGCUCCUCCUUUGAGGAUCUCUCGCACGCGCCUACCACCACCGCUGCUGGCGACACCCUGUAGACGUCUGACUACGCCCCCAGCGGCGGACCACCUGUAGUUGGCUCGGUUCCCGACAGAUGGCAGUGGAUGACUUCGGCGCCCGGCUGCGGCGAGUCGGACGCGUCUGGAGCCGUGCAGCGACGGCCCCGCUUGGGAGUCUGUGAUCUUUGACGCGUCUUUCCGUCUGUCGUUGGCUGGUUGUGUGGGGAUGCUGUACCCUUCGUCGCGGAAUGUGACUUAAAUGCUGUCUUGUUGCCUCGAGUCUUUCGCGGGAGUGGUCGACAUUGAUGCAGAUGUACCUCUCAAUGGCGUUUGCUGCGCUGCGUGCUUCGAGGACGAUUCCUCGCUUCACUUGUUCCGUCGUGUAUUAUUCUCCCGUGUAGACGCGUGGCGGAAAUGCUCUGCUCUGGUGGCGAUCUUGUGAGGGACAUUCAGACGCGCUGCUGACAAUACUGAGCUGACUGGCAGCAUUACGUGGCCGUGACGCUGGGUAAUUCGCUCAUACUUAGCAUCCGAGGAAGUGUGCGCUGCCUGGGAGACGUGAUAAUGAUGCACCGCAAGCCUGUAAUCGAGAGGUUGGCGCACCUGUUUGGUUUGCUUGCUUGCUUGCAUGUUUGCGCGGGUUCUAAUCGGCUCCAUUCUCAUCGUGAGUUUUUUUUACUCAAACUUAACUUGACCUCGGAUGCGAAAUGAUGGAAUUGCCCAGGGCCAACAAGUGUGGUGUAAACCACACAGCGUGGUAUAGUUUUACUUCCGGCUUGAUUUUCCAUAGCGAGUUAUGUAAUAACUGCGACGUGUCGGCCAAUAAUGCACACAAACAACGACUUUC